AUGGAAUGCGAAUUGCCAACGAUAAGAAAUGAAACCCCGCCAAGUACCAGUACAUUGGUUGAUUUCGUUAACAAUCCUGAGUUUGAGGAUUCGGAUCAAGAGUUUAGCACCGAAGACGUAAACAAACUUCGAAAAAAUAUUAUGAACAGAGCACUAGAAGCUGAGGUGGAAGAAGCGUUUUCAUUAUUUGACAGAAACAAUGAUAAUAAAAUUGAUUUUUUUGAGUGCCAAGCAGCCUUUAAGGCUCUUAGACUUAAUCCAUCACCAGAAAAUAUAAAGGAGUUAUUUAAAGAGGUUGGAAAGGAUGAGAACGAUACACUAACUCCAACUGAUUUUAAAACUUUAAUAGUAUCUCGAAUACACACUCGAUACAGCUCUCAAGAGAUCGAAAAAAUAUUUAACCAGCUCCAGGAUGGAACAGGAAAAAUCACAUUAGAAAGCCUAAAAUCUGCGGUUAAUCAUAUAGGAGCUGACAUUUCAGAUAAUGAGCUUAGCUUAAUGAUAUCUGAAGCCUCAAGCAAGGGAACGUAUAUUCCUUUGGAGGAUUUUGCAAAUCUGUUAAAACGCUCCUGGACUGGCGAUCCAUUUGAUUUGAUAUUUGACUCUGAGUUCCCCUCCUGA